ACAAAUUCAACAGAUGAACGAAAGUGAUAUUUAAAAGGUUGGGACAAAGCUUUCAAAGACAGAGAUGUUGAGCAAUUUCGUCUGGAUAAAGUUAUUGUUUUUUGGAAGAAAAAAAAUAAGUUACUGUUUUCAACAAGCAACUGUCUUACAAAUAGAAGAAACAAAGAGAAAACUUUUAAAGAAUAUGAAAUGGUGAAGAUGUCCUCAAGAACUGAAGACAAAUCAACUUGUUGACAGCCAGACAAGUGUUGAACUUGCUCGCUAACGUUAACAAUGUGAAUAGAGAUCGCUUUGCAAUCUAUUGGACCGCAAGGGACCGUCCGUCACCAAUAGCUGAUAUAUUUCAUACAUUUUGGACGCGUAAGACCGUGAUAUUACCAUUACUUUAGCUAGCUAGGUAGUUAACUAACUCGACAGCUGUGAACUGUGAACAAAGCUUUCUGUCUUGAGUUAAGAGAGGCAUUAUUUUCCUCAGUAAUUAUGUUUCCGUUAGAUUCGACGUGGAACAUUUCAUUUGCAGGUUGCGGUUUCUUAGGCAUCUAUCAUAUCGGUGUAGCGAGUUGUUUACAGGAACAAUGCCCGUUUCUAGUCCAUAAUGCCCGGCACAUCUACGGGGCAUCAGCCGGGGCGCUCACCGCCUCCGCGCUGGUCAGCGGAGCUUGUUUAGGUGAGGCAGGUGCCAACAUCAUUGAUGUGGCCAAGGAUGCCCGGAAGCGUUUCCUAGGGCCUAUGCACCCAUCCUUCAACCUGGUCAAGAUCAUGCGUAAUAUGCUGUAUAAAACCCUGCCACCCGAUGCCCACCAUCGUGCCACAGGGAGGCUGGGCAUAUCACUCACCAGGGUGACCGACGGAGAGAAUGUCUUGGUGUCCCACUUUAACAGCAAGGAGGAACUGGUACAGGCAUGUGUCUGCAGUGCUUACAUCCCAGUGUACUGUGGACUGAUCCCCCCUACACUGCAGGGUGUGCGUUACGUGGACGGUGGUAUCAGUGAUAAUCUGCCUCAGUAUGAGCUAAAGAACACCAUAACUGUGUCUCCGUUCUCUGGAGAGAGUGACAUCUGUCCUAGAGAUAGAUCCACCAACAUGCAUGAACUACGAUUCACCAACACCUCCAUCCAGUUUACACUCACCAACCUCUACAGAGUGUCCAGAGCUCUGUUCCCCCCUGAGCCACAGGUUAUGAAGGCCAUGUGUAAACAGGGGUACAAAGAUGCUCUUCACUUUCUAAAGAAGAACGGACUGUUGAAUCACCAAGGACCCCACAGACCUCUAAUAGCCGAUGGUGAGGAAGAUGACGUCAUCGAGGAUGAUGAUGAUGAUGAUGAUGAUGAUGAUGAAGAACACGUGGACCGUCUUGUACAGAACGAGAUCAGACCCAUUGAGAAAGAGUCAGUGGUGGCUCCCGCCGAGUCCAAAUCCAACAUCGAGGAUCAUAUCUUUGAACACCUGCCACCCAGACUACACAAAGCUCUGGUGGAAGCCUGCAAGGAGAGAUACAGUCUGGGCCAGUCGCUAAGCAACCUGCUGCCAGUCAGGAUGGCGACGGCUAUGAUGCUUCCAUACACCCUUCCCCUGGAGUCUGCUCUAUCUAUGACUGUUAGACUGUUAGAGUGGCUGCCUGAUGUUCAGGAGGAUGUGGGAUGGAUCAGGGAGCAGGUCGUUAAGGUGUUGCAGUGUGCUGUGAACCGGGCCACCAAGACUGUCUCUGCAAACUGUUACUACCAGUUGGAGCUGCGCCACUGCCAGUCCCUGCCUGCCCAACUCAACCCUGCCAGACUGCUCCCUAGCUGGGUGAGAGGAGGCAGCUCCUCUGUCCUGGAUGUUAUCGGUCGUCUGGACCAGUACCAGAGGCAGCUGCUGCCGGGCUCCUUCUGUGUCAACCUGGACCUCCAGGGCGCCUUAUACACCAGCGGGACCCCAGGCCCAGGAAGAUGCCCUAAAGCUGGCGAAGGAAGACCAGGACCAGCCCUGGCCCCUAUGGCCUCCAUGAUAGACCCAGAGGAGGUAGAGGGGAUGGGGCUGAUGAUGAGGAGGCUCAAUGAAAACCAUAACUCUACUCCAUCCUCACUCUAAUAUUAUAAUGUAUCCCUAAAGAAAAGGACGAGGGUGGACUGUAAAUUAGGGCGUGUCCAGAGGGUAAAUUAGGGAGUGUCCAGAGGGUAAAUUAGGGCGUGUCCAGAGGGUAAAUUAGGGCGUGUCCAGAGGGUAAAUUAGGGCGUGUCCAGAGUGUUAAUUAGGGAGUGUCCAGAGUGUUAAUUAGGGAGUGUCCAGAGUGUAAAUUAGGGUGUGUCCAGAGGGUAAAUUAGGGUGUGUCCAGAGGGUAAAUUAGGGCGUGUCCAGAGGGUAAAUUAGGGAGUGUCUAGAGGGUAAAUUAGGGAUUGUCUAGAGGGUAAAUUAGGGAGUGUCCAGAGGGUAAAUUAGGGAGUGUCUAGAGGGUAAAUUAGGGAGUGUCCAGAGGGUAAAUUAGGGAGUGUCCAGAGGGUAAAUUAGGGAGUGUCUAGAGGGUAAAUUAGGGAGUGUCUAGAGGGUAAAUUAGGGAGUGUCCAGAGUGUUAAUUAGGGAGUGUCUAGAGGGUAAAUUAGGGAGUGUCCAGAGGGUAAAUUAGGGAGUGUCCAGAGGGUAAAUUAGGGAGUGUCUAGAGGGUAAAUUAGGGAGUGUCUAGAGGGUAAAUUAGGGAGUGUCCAGAGUGUUAAUUAGGGAGUGUCCAGAGUGUUAAUUAGGGAGUGUCCAGAUAGUUAAUUAGGGAGUGUCCAGAGGGUAAAUUAGGGUGUGUCUAGAGGGUAAAUUAGGGUGUGUCUAGAGGGUAAAUUAGGGUGUGUCCAGAGGGUACAUUAAGCGAAACCCACGUUCAGUACACUGAACCAAACCCACGUUCAGUACACUGAACCAAACCCACGUUCAGUACACUGAACCAAACCCACGUUCAGUACACUGAACCAAACCCACGUUCAGUACACUGAACCAAACCCACGUUCAGUACACUGAACCAAACCCACGUUCAGUACACUGAACCAAACCCACGUUCAGUACACUGAACCAAACCCACGUUCAGUACACUGAACCAAACCCACGUUCAGUACACUGAACCAAACCCACGUUCAGUAAACUGAACCAAACCCACGUUCAGUACACUGAACCGAACCCACGUUCAGUAAACUGAACCAAACCCACGUUCAGUACACUGAACCGAACCCACGUUCAGUAAACUGAACCAAACCCACGUUCAGUACACUGAACGAACCCACGUUCAGUACACUGAACCAAACCCACGUUCAGUACACUGAACCGAACCCACGCUCAGUACACUGAACCAAACCCACGUUCAGUAAACUGAACCAAACCCACGUUCAGUAAACUGAACCAAACCCACGUUCAGUAAACUGAACCAAACCCACGUUCAGUAAACUGAACCAAACCCACGUUCAGUAAACUGAACCAAACCCACGUUCAGUAAACUGAACCAAACCCACGUUCAGUAAACUGAACCAAACCCACGUUCAGUAAACUGAACCAAACCCACGUUCAGUACACUGAACCAAACCCACGUUCAGUACACUGAACCAAACCCACGUUCAGUACACUGAACCAAACCCACGUUCAGUACACUGAACCAAACCCACGUUCAGUACACUGAACCAAACCCACGUUCAGUACACUGAACCAAACCCACGUUCAGUACACUGAACCAAACCCACGUUCAGUAGACUGAACCAAACCCACGUUCAGUAGACUGAGUGCAUAUAUUUAAUUGUAUGUGGCCACAGCGGGAAUCAAACCCAUGAUGACAUCGCUGACACCACACUGUUACCAUUAUUAUCUGUAUUAUCUUAAAACUACACUGUUGGUUAGAAGGGCUUGUAAGUAAGCAUUUCACUGUAAGGUUUACACCUGCUGUAUUAGGCGCAUGUGACACAUAAACUUUGAUUUCAUUUAUCGACUGAGCCACACAGGAUCUCGAGGAGCUGUUGGUAGCUGUUAAAGCCCUCGUGGAAUGUCUAUUAGGACCACAGACUGUCGAUGCCUAGGCACCUACAGGGACAUUCAACGACCUUGCACCGAUCUGCAGAAUCUCGUCUGUUCACACAGCGCCUUAGAAUGACAUUUAACUUCUUUUCAUUGAGUUGUUAUCCGCCCUCAGACUCUGAUAAUAAGCCCGUCAGCUCAUCGUUACACAGUGGCCUCACAGUACUUUGACAUACAGUACCAUUUAAAAGUUUGGACACGCCUAAUCAUUCAAGGGUUUUUCUUUAUUUUAUAAUAUUUUCUACAUUGUAGAAUAAUAGUGAAGACAUCAAAACUAUGAAAUAACACAUAUGGAAUCAUGUAGUAACCAAAAAAGGUUAAACAAAUCAAAAUAUAUUUUAGAUUUUAGAUUCUUCAAAGUAGCCAACCUUUGCCCAUAGUGCGCUACGAAAGAAGUGGCCUUAAUAGGGAAUAGGGUGUCAUUUGAGUGGCAUACAACGGACUCUAUUUUUAACAUGUCCUAACGCAAUUGUAAAUCUUAGCGCACAUGUAUUUAGCCCUAUCCCAUCUUGGCUAAAUAUGUUGAACAUGUAUUUAGCCCUAUCCCAUCUUGGCUAAACAUGUUGAACAUGUAUUUAGCCCUAUCCCAUCUUGGCUAAACAUGUUGAACAUGUAUGCAGUCUGUUAGAGCCGAUUUGGACAUAUUUGUUUAAAAGACUGAACAUACUGAGCUCCAUGUACAUUUGUGUAAAUAUAUUAAAUAUGAAUGUAUAUGAUGAAAUAGGUAGGUACUUUUAUGAUUUAUAUUUACCUGAUUGAGAUAUAUUCAUUUGUUGUUAGUGUAACUCAGUUUGCCCCCCCCCCCCCCCCCCCUCUUGCCCAUUCAUUGUACUGUGUUAAUUGUGUUAGUAUAAAGGCAGGAAGUUGGGCCUUCGGGGGGAGGAGUCCUUGCUAGACGCGGGAGCGGUAUAGUUCUUUGACCAUACAAACAGACAUACAGACAGGUUAUAUUAUGUAUUUUCCAUAUCAAGUAAUCUAUGCUUUAAGUUGAUUGGAUAAUAAUUUCCUUGUUAGAUAUAAGAAGAAUAAACAUUUUUGUUGCACCAUA